CAGUCGUGUUUCAACACUUGGCGGCACCACACCGAGAACAUUCAAGCGGAAGGGGAUCAGGAUCCUGUGAGGAGGGAGAAUCUAUCGAUGCUAGCCGCAGUACUGGGCUAUGGCUACCUGGUGGCCUAUGUGAUCUGCCUGAUUUGCUGGCCAGGAGAGGCGUAUCCGGCCAGCAAUAGCUACCGGGACCUGGAUAUUUGCAAUCACUGGGACGGACGGCGGCACUUCCUCGAGCUGGGCAGUCCAGCCGGAGAGUUACAUGCCCGCAAUGUUACGACCACAGCCUAUCGGAGCUCACCGCUGGGCUUCAAGAACGAUGCAGUGGCGGGGGAUGUUUGGUAUCAGUGCAGUCUGGAGCUGGUGACCUGUGCCGAAUGCGUCAUCCGGGUGGCCUUCACCUACGCAAAUUUCUCCAAGAGCUGUGGCAACACGGGUGGCAAGUCCAGCAUGUGUCCCUGUGAGCACAUCCAGUUCUCGGAGCCGCCCUACGACUCCACCAUUUCAGGUCAGGAGUUUUGUGGGGAUGGCAAGGUAUUCCGGAGCAAAACCAGAACACUGCAGUUAAAGUUCUUCUACAGGGUCAACAGCGCCCACGUAUUUUCGCUGCAAUACUUCUCAGAACGCAACGUCCGAAUAGUCAGUGGUUCCCCCAAGCAGUCCAUUGUGGGAAAUGGGAGUACAAAGUACCACCCCCAGGUGAUCUCUACGCCGUACUUCCCCAUGCCCUAUCCACGCGACUACGGAAUCGAGCACAUCCUCACCUGCGAGGCGGACAACUGCCAAGUGCGCUUGGACUUCACCGACUUCCAACUGGGUCUGGCCUCCACUUUGGAGAUCUUCGACUCCAAUGGCCAGAUGUUGGACUCCUAUACGGGUGAGCACUUCCGUCCGCCCAUCACGGUGAGCAGCGGCAAGUCGCUACUCCUGCAGUUUCGUGGAAAUUCAGCCACUGGAGUGGGUUUUCGAGCCGAAGUCAGCUUUGUGUCGUCCAAGCAGCUGAAGGACGAACGACUGGUGCCCUAUACAGAUUGUGGCGGCAUGGUCACCGGACCCGGUGGCGCCAUCACCAUGAUGAACAUGAUCGAAAAUGCCACAGACGUACGGCUCUUUGACUGCAUCUGGAUUAUCAAGCCCGGCAACAAUUACAUGAUGAUGAAGACCCACAUCUCACUGCGGGUGGAUGACUUCUACGGAAUGGCCGCCCGUUCGGAGCUGACCAUCCGGCAGGGCACUACCUCAGAUGCCGUGGAGAUCGAAAACGUGAUGUGGCCGAACAACGGACUAAGCAAGGAGAGCCAUGUGGCUCCCAUCCUCAAUGGCUAUUACAUUCGACUGCGGGGGGUAUUCGGGAUGUCCUCAAAGCUGGCCAUCGUUUACAGCGUCUUCAACUAUUUGAAUUGCUACAUUGGCUCGGAGUUUCUGUGUGGGAACAACCACUGCAUCUCAAUUCGACUCCACUGCGAUGGCUUCGAUCAUUGUGGGGAUGGCAGCGAUGAGCCGGAUUCCUGCGAGGAGGAUUGGGCCCACCUGCACCACGAUCGCCGCUGGUACUCCCACAAGCCCAACUACUACUUCCCCAAAAUAGACCAGUAUCCGGAUCUCAAGACGGCCACGGGAAUCUUCAUCAUCAGCACGCUGGGUAUAUUCGGAGUCCUUUCCGGCUGGAUGGUAAUCCUGUACAGGAUGGGGGUGAGAGCACGCCACCAGCGAGAGCUGCAGAGUCACCUGCAGACGAUCAGUGAGCUGCUGGAUCGCCAGGACGAGGACCGCACGCCAGACGAACCACCAAGCUAUGAAGCGCCACCUGACUACGAGGAGGUAAUCAAGGUUGGCAUGCAGCAGGAGCUGCGGGAGCCACGUCGCCAGCGACGCGCCCGUCGUGGUCCGCCUAGGGAUCGGAGCUGCAGUCGUGCCGCCAGCAAUUGCACCAUGCAAUCGGUACUCCCACUUCAUCGCAGCUGCAGCCUGGAGAGGGAUCAGGAGCAGCCCAGUACCUCGGCAGCGGCCAUGACCCACGCGGUGGCUGCAACGGACACCACGGAAGAUGCUGAGCAGGUCCAGACGAUGGCCCAGCGGAUGCUCCUCGCCACCGCUAUUUGUGGCACUGCAGUCACGUCUCUCCCGGCAGCAAAGGAGCCUGCGAUCCGGCUCAAGUCCGUGGGGAUUUCAGCGGGCCCGCCACCGCUAUCCGCUGGGGGUGAACUACCCACAGCCGGUGGGCCAGCCACGACGCCCGGUAGCACGGCAGAUGAGUGCACCCAGGGAGGCGACUCACUCAGCAUUUCACUCACUCUAGGCCUGCCCUCCACAACGACCGAGAGCACGGCGACCUCCGACCAGAACCAGUACCAGAAUCAGGGUCUGGAGCAGACCAGUAGCAACUGCACGGAGCACACGUACCUGAAGAGAUCUUGGCUGGUGGUGCAACAGGUUCCACCUGGAAGGGGUUACAGGGUCCGGAGGCUGCGGCACACCUUCUCCUCCCCCGAAGCCUUCACUUCUGAUGAGCUGCAGGUGCCGUACCCGGAUUUCCUCAGCUACGGCACCAAUCUUCCGCAUGAACGGAGUAGCAGUAACUUUGGCUCCGAAUUGUCGAGGGAUCCAUCUAGUUAUAGUGUGGGAAAGCGAGCUCGCUUGACCGCCGAGGACGCAAGUGAAUCGGAAACCAUUACCAGGGAGCUGGAGCACUCCAACCAGACCCUUCAGUCCCAUGUGAUAGCGGAGACCCCUCCGAAUCACAGUGAGAGUGAUAGCGAGGGGGAGCAAAAGGUUUCCUGCUUUGGUGCCGUGGCCCAGCGACCCAAGAGGCGACAUCGCAGUCAUGUGAGGAGCCGAUCCUUUAGCAAUGCAGGCGGUGGCAGUGCCGGAAGGAGGCGUCAUAUCCAGCGCAGCUCGUCGGCUGACCUUCUGAUGAACUAUGCCACAAUGGCGGUCUCAACGCCACAAAAAAGAUCCGAGGGUAUGCAGCGAUUGUUCUUCAUCUAAGCGGGGACUUUAGAUUGGGGUGCGAGUAAGCGGAACGAUAGUAUUAAAGCCUGGUGUGAUUCUGGUCGGGAUCUAGUCACCCUUAAAUAAACCUGUUCCUUACUCGAAA